AGUUCCGUUCCUGAUUGACUCCAGCUGUGAAGUUUUAAAAGGACUCCUUUUAGUAAUAUUUUGAGCUAACCAUUUUAGUGCGCGGUUCCUCUGGCCAAGACCGUUCUUGAAAGAUAACGAGACUAAAAAAAAUCUAAAAACACCAUCCUAUGACAUGGAAAAUAUCUAUAGUUUGUCUUCUAAACACGUAUAGCAGUAGUUGUGAUCUGACCUCAUAUAAGAGUUGGGUAUUGAUUUUUUUAAUAUGAUUUUAUUGAUUAUUUAAUCCAAAAAUCUGUGGGAGUUCUGAUGGUGUGUUUUGGAGGCGAUUGAAGCUGAACCUCCCGUCAUCUAGAGCGGAAAAUAAAAUUCCGGGGAAAGCAUUAAAUGUACUCUGUGCAAUGGGAUCUUACAAUCUUUUUAAUCAUUGUUGCUAAAAACACGUUAUCAGGGGGAACAAGCCUUAAGCAAUAAAAUGCUUUUCGAGUAAGUGAAAGUAAUCGAAAGGCUAUUUUGACAUGAUGUUUUUAACCAUUUUUACUGGCAUUUUUAUCUCAUCUAUUAUACAAAAAACAAGUGGUUUUCAAGCUUUUGCUAUGCGAGACAAGGCGUUGGCGAGUUCUGCUAAGGCUUCGUGGCUCUUAACCUCGCUUGAGUGGUACCAUUGCCUCCUCGCCUGCCAAGAAAAUCCUCGCUGUGUUUCGUACAACUAUCGGGGAGAAAAACAAGAAUGCGAGCUCAGCACUGAAGGCCUUCUAGCUCAAUGUGAUAAAGACAAAGUUUUACACUUUGAAAGAGGAGCGAUAUUCAAUCAGAUUCGACUUUUUGUUUCCAAGAUCGACGAAAAACAAGGUGCUAUUAAAGAUACGCAUUGCAAAACCGAGUAUUCUUCUAACGUGACCAAAAGCACAAGUUGCACGGCCGAAGGAACGAAUAGCACGACUGGAGAGAAAAAUAGCACGACUGAAGGGGCGAAUAAUACGACUGGAGGGUUGAAUAGCACGACUGAAGGAAAGAAUAGCACGACUGGAGGGACGAAUAGUACGAUCGGAGGGACGAAUAGCACGACCGGAGAGAAAAAUAGCACGACUGAAGGGGCGAAUAAUACGACUGGAGGGUUGAAUAGCACGACUGAAGGAAAGAAUAGCACGACAAGAGGGACGAAUAGUACGAUCGGAGGGACGAAUAGCACGACUGCAGGGACUAAUAAUACGACUGGAAGUACGAAUAAUACGACUGGAGAGACGAAUAAUACGACUGGAGAGACGAAUAAUACGACUGGGGGGUUGAAUAGCACGACUGAAGGAAAGAAUAGCACGACUGGAGAGACGAAUAGUACGACUGGAGGGGCGAAAAAUACGACUGGAGGGUUGAAUAGCACGACUGAAGGAAAGAAUAGCACGACUGGAGAGACGAAUAGUACGACUGGAGGGGCGAAAAAUACGACUGGAGGGUUGAAUAGCACGACUGGAGGCACGAAUAGUGCGAUCGGAGUGACGAAUAGCACAACUGGAGGGACGAAUAGUACGACUGGAGGGACGAAUAGCACGACUGGAGGGACGAAUAGCACGAUUGGAGGGACGAAUAGUACGACUAGAGGGACGAAUAGCACGACUGGAGGGACGAAUAGCACGACUGGAGGGACGAAUAGCACGAGUGGAGGGACGAAUAGCACGAGUGGAGGGACGAAUAAUACGACCAGUGCUGGAGCAACAGAAACCAGCGAAUCGAAUAAAGGUAAACAUAGGUUUACAUGUUUUAAUCCAUUUUUUAUUUGUUUGGGCCUGACUAGCGGGAAAAAACUGGACAGAAGAUUAACAAACGCUCUUACUUUUUCAGUACUGAACACAGCGCUUGCUUACUACCCUUUGAAUGAGUUCUAUCAGGGACGCGAUAUCAGUCGCCAUAGCAACCAUUCAAGCUACGUGGCCAGAGGCGUCACUUACGCCACGGGACCUAAGGGAAUGGUGGGCGGGGCGAUGGAAUUUGAUCAUUCGCGGAGAAGCUAUCUCGCACUUCUUAAUUCAGAGACAUGGGGGUUCCUAAGCGAGUCUAUGACCAUAGCGUUUUGGGUCCACAUAGAUUCAAGUGAAAAGUUUUUUGACACACCGUUGGUUCACUUCUUUUACCGUUUGCAAUAUCAUGAUAAUGAUACUGACUAUAAAUAUUGGGGGUUGAGGUUGUGGCAUUAUCGAGGUCAGGUGGAUUUUGAGGUCGUGGAUGACACUUCACAAGUCUUUUCUUGGUUGAAGAUAAUUCCGGUUUACAAUACCUGGCAGUUCGUGGUUGCAUCGUACAACAAGACAGGCCAGUGUAUAUUGCGUGUAGGUGACGUCUCGUUAAAGCGUUCUUGUUUACCUGGGAGGAAUCUGGCAACCUUUCAGGGUUAUGUGCGACUUGGCGAGGUAAAAUAUGGUAGCCUUCCCUUCUAUUUUCAUGGCAGAUUAGCAUGUUUGAUGUUUUUUGAUUACAUGCUUGACGACAAACAGAUUGAAGAAAUUCAAAGUGUAUGUGCAUAAAAAAUUGCCUUUCUCUUGCCCGUAGCCGAGGG